CAAGUAUAGGAAUUUGUCCUUGCAAACAAAAAAUGAUUAUUAUUUAAUGUGAUUCAUUUUAUUUUGUGAAUAAGUGAGCCCGCAUGUACUGCUAUGUAUUGACGUAUGUAGAGGUCUUUUCAAGGUGAACUGUGGAUUACUCUACAAAUAGAAGCCAUGAGGCUCAAAAAACCUUGCAUGUCAUCACCAAUGCCUACUUCAAUGUGCAGCUUUGUUCCCUGUGCUGUAGAGAUAUUAAUUUUCCUAGGUCAAACAGAUGUCUGCCUCAUGUCACUAAAUAAGACCUGCCUACAGACAGGACUUUCUUAUUGCCUUAUAAUUACUUUUUUUCUUCAUAAAAAAAAGACAAAAAGAUGUAUUAAUAUUAAUUUUUUUACUUAAAUAAAUGAAUUGCAACACAUUCUUGUUUAAAUUUUUUUUUCCCCAUUUUAUUUUUAAAGGUCAUUUAUCUAAUUUCAUCUGAGUGUGUAGGGAAAAGAGUCCACUGCCCUCCACUGCCCUUCACUCUUGUUAAACUCAUUAAACAUGCUGAUGAAGAGUGUGCGUGUGCGUGUGUGUGAGAGACUGUUUCAUAUAUGUGGGUGGAUCCAUAGUCUCCAAGAGUCUCCUUGUGCCUGUAAUUUAUAAGACCCAGGGAGGUUACUAUACACCACAGCUUGCGCUUCAUUCAAUCUUUUUAUAAAUCAGCUCACUGGAGAUUUAAAGGAAAGGAAAAUAUGCUAGCACAAAAUCGUUCAGAUGUGCAAGCUCUCCUGCUCUCCUUUCUACAGCACUAUCUUAAUGAAACCUGGAACUUUCCAGCAGCAGAUCUCACUCCUGUGGCUCACCAGCCUUUAGGUGCAGUGCCAGUUAAAGUGCAGAGCCAAGGAUUCGUCUACAUUUUAAUAAUGGUUGGUCUUUUUAGCUUUUUCACCUUUGGCAUCAUGUUCAGUUACAUCCGCUCAAAAAAGCUGGAGAACUCACAGGAUCCAUAUCACCAAUAUAUAGCCAGAGACUGGGAGAGUGCAUUGGUUCCAUCUGCAGCCAUAAUGAAGUCUCUGAAAAACGAGUCCUUUGUUAUUGGUAACCCUGCAGCCGUGGAGCAGCUGCCGUGAGAAAGACGGAGAAAACUGGGGCAAAGAUUGAGCAUGAUAACUGAUGAUGACUGUUUGCUUUUAGAUUGAUUGCAAGGUCAAAUGAUUUCUCAAAAAGCGCAAUAUUUACUAUAUGACAAUUUGUAUCUGAAAUAAAUUGCUUACUUAGAAAAAAUAUAACUAUUGUUUUACAUAAGAUUUGCAUUCACUUGCUCUAUUACUUUAUUUCUAUAUAUACUAAUAAUAAAUGACAAAUCAUUGUGCAAAGGCUUGUGUUGUCUUGUCAAUCUGGUGCUAGUAUACAACAGCGCUUUUAAAUAUAAUAU